GACGCGGUGGCGGUUGACGGAGGCGAGGAACCUGAAGGUUAAAGUUUAGUCGAACAACUUCAUGUUGUAAAGUUGGAGCGCUAAAGAAAAAAUUAUAGACUUUGAUAUCGAAGGAAAUGAAGAGAAACAUAAAUGAAAAUUCAACUCGAAAUACAGCAGAUUGGGCCUGGGAAGCUAUGAAUCCAGAGCUGCCUCCUUUAACGAAAACAGUGAACACAGGGCAAAUACCACAUUCAGUUUCUCAUCCCCUGAGAAGUCAAGAUUCUGUGUCUAAAUCUAUUCAAUUAAAUGCUGAAAGAAGCAAGAGUGGUUGGAGCUACAGAGACGGCAACAAAAAUACCACUUUAAAAACUUGGGAUAGAAAUGAUUUUAAGCCUCAGUGCAAAAGAACAAAUCUAAUGACAAAUAAUGGAAUAAAUUCAUGUCCAGUGAAUUUGGGAGCUCAACAAUGGAAACAUUUAAGAGUAUCUGAAUCUACUAACUUAUCUCACCAAAGAGAAAGUGAAGUACUCACACAAACACAUUCGUCAAAAAUAUCUGGCUCCACAAUGAGAAGUCUAGACAAAAACAGUUCAUUACAGGCAUUUAAGCCCAGUUUUCAACAAAAUCAAUUUAAGAAAAAAAUGUUGGAUGGUUUUCCAGAAGAAAACACCCUCAAGGAAGCAUCAUUGUAUCAGUUAAAGCUUAAGGAGAAAGAGAAUUCUUUAAGAAUUAUAUCUGCAGUUAUUGAAAGCAUGAAGUACUGGUGUGCACAUGCACAGAAAACUGUACUUCUUUUUGAAAUAUUAGCUGUUCUCGAUUCAGCUGUUACACCUGGCCCAUAUUGUUCAAAGACUUUUCUUCUGAGAGAUGGGAAAAAUACUCUGCCUUGUGUAUUUUAUGAAAUAGAUCGUGAACUUCCAAGACUGAUUAGAGGCCGAGUUCAUAGGUGUGUUGGAAACUAUGACCAGAAAAAGAAUAUUUUUAAAUGUGUUUCUGUCAGACCAGCAUCUGUUUCUGAACAAAAAACUUUCCAAGCAUUUGUUAAAAUUGUAGAUGCUGAAAUGAGAUAUUAUACUAAAGUAAUGAGUGAAAUUUAAGUAGUGAUGAAGUUUAAAUAGUAUAAAUUAAGCAUUUUUCUGUUCUUGUUUAAAUUACCAUCUCCAUGGUUUUAUGGCUACUGUUCUUCUGUAUUUCACUUGUUGAAUUAAAAUAUUUAAA